UUUUUUUGGGAACUUACUUAUGACCUAGUACUGUAUACUAUGUUUACAUAUCAAUGGAUAAAUAUAUGUUAAUUUCCAGUUAUGGCAACCAUUUCUUUUAAAAAUUCUCAUUGAAUUUCUAAAUGGAAUAGGUAUGUACUAAUAAAACAAUUAAAAAAGAGAAAACAAAUACUACGUUAAAGGAGCCUGCAUGUGCAUAUUUUUUUUUAUACUUGCAUACUGUACUUACUAAACUAUAAUUAUACUGAUUUGAUUGCAGUUUUAUAUGUAUUCAAGCAACAAUAUCAUUUUCAGCUGUUUCUGAAACAGUUGGGUUAACUUAUCUAAUAUAUCAGGUUGUUAAUUUAAAUCCUGUCUACAAUUAGUAUUUCAUGUAUAAAUGUAAUUAUAGAUGUGUGCAGUGCAGAAGUGUUAACUUUGCCAGUAUCAGUACCUCCGAAUGAUUGUUAUUUAUUUUCAUUGUUAUAAUUAAUUGCUUGUUUAACCUGUGGUGCAUAAGCAAUAUACAUAGCUUAUAGUGUAAACAAUUUGUAAGGAAGAAAUUUUGUCAUGCAAAAAAAUUAUUUAAUCACUUAAAUUACAUACUCAUGCCUGCUUUUGAGAUUAAAAAGUGUUAAGUGUUUGAAAUAAUUAAAUACUGGUGUUAAAUUCAUGAUAUUUAAUAAUAAAAAAAAAUAAUUAAAAAUCCAUUGAAUUCAUUUUGGUGACAAAAUGACAGGUGAUGGGGCAUCAUCUUACAUUAAAAAAUAAAAAAUUAUACAUAUACUUGAAUUUAUAAACUUAGAAAGACCCACCAACAUUUAAACUACAUCAUCGUCUUUAAUUUGAUCGGGCGUGGUAUACCUUAUAAUACGUCACAAGCAAUGGCGCCGGCAAAUGGCGCCGGAUGUAUUGGAUUUUUCUAUGAAUUGGCUGUAUAACGGUAACGGUACCAAUUCAGUGUACCAUUUUUUCCAGAUAACCAUUUCUCAACUCAUCUAAGAGGAUAUCCUGUGUAUAUUAUCGCAGUAUUGGAUAACUCAUGGAACAACUACAAUGCAAGGUCCCAUUCUGAUCUCUAGAUUUAAAAGUCUACAGGUAUUGGAACUGAAAAAGAUACCAACUCAUAUGUUGGAGGGAUUGCACAAAUUAAGAGGACAACUUCGUGUGGUCACUGUGAGCAGAUGCUUACAUACCCUACAGGAGUUACUGGAGUCCUGUGGAGGAGACCAGAGCUGUGCCAUGUGUUGGCAAUUUCUGACGGCUGCCUAUUUCAGCUACAACUGGAUAACCAAGCUGGAUUCAUCAUUAAGACUUUUGCCAGCUCUUAAUCUCUUAGACCUUAGUCACAAUAGCAUUGAUCAGGUGGAGAAUUACACGGAGUACCUGCUAGAGUUGAGAAGAAUCAAUUUAGGUUACAACAUGUUGGAUUCUGUUCCCACAUUUUCCAUCACGGUGCAGAAUAAGUUGCAGACUCUGGUUAUCAGGAACAACAAUCUGGAUAAUCUCUCAGGGGUGGAAAUGUUAGUGGCCCUAAAGGAGCUGGAUGCCUCUGAGAACUGUCUUGUGGAUCACUCUUGUCUGGGGGUCUUCAAUAAGCUUCACAAACUUUGUGUGGUCAGUCUCCAAGGCAACCCUUUAUACUAUCAUCAAUAUCAUCGAAUCAGAUCUCUUCAUCAGCUGUCAUCAAGUGCCAUUUUAUCAAAUGAGGUUGUUCUAGAUGGCAAACCAGUCAAACCAGCAGAGAUUUUGCUUCUACAGAACACAGGAAAAUUAUCUGCAAACAAACAGAAAGAAGACAGAGGUGCCCUACCGUCAUUAGCUAGCCAGACACUGGCUCAGAACUAUAACUUUGAGAACACAAAUGACAUCGCAGAAGCAAUAAAGGUGGGGUCACCAGGUAGGAGGAAGGGUCGGAAGAAGAAGUCUCGAGGCAAAAGACAAAGGACAGACACUGAAGGGAGUGAGGUCACAGAAACUACAGAUCAAUCUUCACCAGAGAGUUCACAAGUUCCAUCAACAAGAAUAGUAGAGGGACAGAUGUCCACUCGUGAAGAAAUAGAAGUGUUAAGGGAUCAUUAUGGUGUCAAUUGGCUUCAGGCGAUUUCUGCAAAGGAGUAUGAUACUAGUACAAAAACAUUCAAAAAUGAAGAAAAGUCAUCUCCACCAAGUCAGGUGUUAGAUAAUGAAAUACAAUCCAAUCAAAAUGAAGAUACCACAGAUUCCAAACCAGUCAAUCACACAGAAGAUGACUUCUAUCUGAAUGACAGCACAACAAAUGUUUAUAAAGGAGCCAAUGAAAUGGAGGAUGACAUUGAAGUUUUACACACAUCCAAUGAAACAACAUCUAAGACCCCCCAGUUGGACGCUUCUGACAGCUCUAAGGGAGCAGAGUGGGCCCGAGAUGAGGAGGAGAAACUGGCACUUUAUGGGGAGGAGUGUGAGCCAUUUAUUGUAAUGUUACCUGGUGAUGACCUCCAGAAUCUGCUUGUGACCUUUAACCAGCGUUACCUGAUUGAGAAAGAUAUUGACGGGAAGGUCAAGGAAAUGCUGGAUCUCAAAUGUCUACUGUCAUUCAAGAUAGAAACAGAGGAGGUGGUCCAUAGAAAUCUAGCUGAUACCAAUGUACCUGUGUUUAGAGCUAGGUUUGAUUAUGUGAGGAAAGACAGACGUAAAAGAGUCUACAUAAUGGAGAACACUGCAGCAGCCAUUGAGUUGGAGGAUUUAUUGAGACCUAUCAUCAAAGCCAAAGAGGAGAGGGAUAAAAAGAAAAACAUGCUGCAGUGUUUGAAAUGUUCAAAGGAGGUUUCCAAACAGGAAGCAGAUAUUUUGGAACAUGUUUUUGACAAGAAAGAUUUUACUGCAGAACCAGAUAUACGAUACCAGUGUCCUCAUUGUGGGAGUCAGAUGAUAAUAGAAAUGACCAAUGAGGACAAAGAUCAGGUCCCUAACCCCCAGGGGUCUUACUCCUCCAACAAUGGAGAUUACAUGAGGCAAGAGAGGACAAGAGAAGAAACAGAAUUGCCAGGAAGUUUAACCAGACCAAGGACCUAUGCAUUUAAUGAUGUAAUGUCACAUUCAGACAUAGGACAGAUAAUGGCGGUCCCAGUGAUGCCAAGGUCCAGUUCCACGGGGAGAGCACUGAGUGAAAAACAAAGAGAAGUGGAGGGCUCCCACAUCAUUAAUUCUUGGUCAGAUGUACAGGCUUCAGAGCAGAGUCUGCGAAAAAGUCGAAAUUCUGUGGAUAGUGAUAUCUCAGUGAUAACCAAUCCGAGUGAUGCAAGCAUUUCUGUGAUAUCGGAAUCAAGUGUGGAAACAAUAUCUGAAACAUCCAAAGAGCAGAAUGCAGAUGACAAUUGUUUUGCAACUUCAACUCCACAAAAGUUGGACAAGGAUGAUGUUUACAAUUCAUCAGUUCCAAAGAGUUUGAAUUUGAAUGGCAUCACAGAGGAAGAGGAAAUGACCCCUGUGGGGUCACCACUGUCCAAUAGUAUUUGCUCUAGUAUGGUGUCAAGUGUGUAUGAGAAUACUCUGUCAAUAGAUAAUGACAAUCAAGAAAAUUCUCAAGUGAAGGAUCUGACUGUUAUGAAGGAAACUUCAGAUCUAGAAAACAACAAUGGAGACAGCAAUAUUUAUUCCCAGGACACUCGAUAUGAAACUUGUGAUCAAAAUAGCAGUAUUAAUUUUAAUUCAAAGGCUUUGUUGAAUAGGACCAGUGGUCCUGACUCAUCUGCAGGAGUGAAUGAAUCUGGUUACAGUUGGUUGCAAAACCUGGACAAUCAACAUCACAUUGACUUCGGUGUUGUUGAUCACAGAUUACAGCUGUACUUAGACAUGAACAUUUUAGAAGAGUCUGACAAUGUGCAGUGUUGCAUAAAAUGUUCCACUGUUCAAUACAUGAAGUCAUCAGAAUUUGUGGCCUAUCUCAUUUUGUCUACCAACAGAAUCCUGGUGAUUGAAAUUUCAGAUCCAGAAGAUGAGGAGAUUACUAAUGGUUUGACCUGUAUUGAGAAUCAGCCAAUGACCGAACUGCAUUACAUUGACAUUGGACUGGGUCAUCAGAGUGUCAGAUUGGAGUUUGACACAGUGUGUUCCAGCUUCAGUUUCAUUUUCAGAGAUGAGGAGAGAUGUAAAUCCUUCAUUAGUUUGCUCACAGAGAUUAUCCGGGAUACAACUUUCAAUGAAGAAAGUCAGCUGCAGGGCAUCAGCAAGUUUAAUGCCACGACACUCAGUAACCUACAGGACACAGUCUGGUGGAAGUUCAAACAAACCCUCACUGAGGAUGAGGAAGACCAAUUUGAUCUCGUCAAGUACCUGUCAGGAAAAUUGAUAUUAGAAAGCAAAGAUGACACCCAGUCUGUUGGUCUGGCUGUGACAAAGACGUAUAUUUCCCUAGUGGCAGAAAAUCAUCAGUGGCCAUUACCAAGGUUACAAUCCCCAUUACCAGAGGAAAUUGGAGGACAACAAUUUGUUCUUUUGGAUAGACAGAAAAUAAACAAUAUUGCUACAGUGGAGGUUUGUCAAUCAACAGGUGCUAAAGUCAAGAUAGAUUUCUUUAAUGAAGAAUCUCAAGAAGAGGCUCAGUGGUUUGUUGCCAUGGGAAGCAGUAUGAGUACCAGGUUAUUGUUAGACUCGGUGCGUGAAACCUGGAAAGCUGCAUUUUUGGUUGAAAUGGAAAUAACACCUACAGAAUUUUAGGGGUGUCAGGAGACUAAAACUUACCAGACAAGUCGUUUAUUUUGUUCUAGUCAAGUUUUAUCUAUUUUUUUUGUUUGCCAUCAAGGUUUCAUGAUUUUAAAGAGUACAGUUAAGCAGUAUUUUAAAGUGUUUUAUUACAAGAUUUUGUAGAACCAGGUCAGAACUGUUACUGUAAAUGGGAUAUGUAUUUCUGUGUGAAGUGUUCCUAAGAGGAAAUUUUAUGCUUCAGAUUCCUGUAUUAAACUAGAUGGCACUGUAUUAGCAACAGUUACCAUAGAAACAUAUACAUGUACUUGUUGGGGCUUAAUAAGCGUAAAUCUGUACACCGCUAUAACCAGAAUUGCAUUUACAGGUGUCUGUAUGAAUUUGUUUUAGCAUCAUUCCAUUUAAAACAAAAACCAAAAUUAGUGGGUUUCUUUGUAUAUUUUAUUCAGUUUUUCUUUAGUUUUCAACACAGACAAUCAUUUUACCUUGUAUUUUAUCAAGUACACUUUUUACUUAAUCUUUUGUUUUGAAUAUUUUUACACACUUCUGUUUAUAUGUAUGAAGUUAAUGAAUGGAUACUAGCAACUUUGGUUUAGAAUGUAAGAAAGAGCAGUCUUUCCACUUACAAUUAGUAUUGGGGUUUUAUUUCCAUGAACUUUAGAACGAUUUUGAGCAAGUUAAGAAAAUUUUGAACUCUGAUUGAAACAUACAUGUAUUAGAUUAGUAUAUUUAGUUUUUAGUAUUAGGUGUUCUUACAAGAUUGUUCAUUGGUGUUACUUGAAAUUUCACAGGAAAACAUGAACAUUGUUACUUAUAAAUACUUCACAGCAACUUUGGUUGUUUUUUUAGUGAAAAAUUGUGUUCAAAGCAUUAUGUCUGUGAUAUUGAGAACUUGUUUAAUGCCUUCCCUGAAUUUUGUUGCUAUGUUUCAAUGCAAGUUUAUACUAUCCAUUACUCUACAAUUGCUAGUUGUUGUCAAGUUAUAAAUUGGUGUGCCUGAAUUCUGAUGUAUGGCGCCAUGUGAUCAUAUAUACAAUGUACAUGUAAAUCAUACAAGUUUUAAUAAAUACAUUAGAACUAAA